CCGUUAAUUAACGGAGUAAGAGUAAUUCUCUUCACUCUUCAGCGAAUCUCCCACCCAACCACCACUAAAAAGAUUCAAAGAAAGCUCGAGACCGUGAGCGUCCAUCCAUCGGCCACCAUGUACAGAACCUCUGCUUCUCGCCUUCGGGCUCUCAAGGGUCGCACAUGGAACAGAGCACCUGCAAGAUUUGCAAGUUCAAGCGUCAUUGCCCCAAAGUCAUCCUCUUUUGGUGGUUUCUUUAGCGGGCUGAUUGGGGAGCAGUCCAAGUCCUCGCCGCCUCUAAAUUUCCCUCUUGCAGGUGUUGACCAUCCUUCUGUGUUGCCUGAUUAUGUGGAACCAAGCACAACCAAAGUCACGACUCUUCCAAAUGGUGUCAAAAUUGCCUCAGAAAUGUCUGUGAAUCCCAUAGCAUCAAUUGGGUUAUAUGUCGACUGUGGUUCAAUCUAUGAAUCACCAGACAUUUUUGGGGCUACACAUCUCCUGGAGCGCAUGGCCUUCAAUAGCACAAUAAAUCGAAGCCACCUCCGUGUUGUGCGGGAAGUAGAGGCAAUUGGUGGACACGUAUCAGCCUCAGCAUCAAGGGAGCAGAUGGGAUAUACCUAUAAUGCUCUGAAGACUUACGUACCUGAAAUGGUAGAGAUGCUAGUUGACUCUGUCAUAAACCCUGCUUUCUUGGAUUGGGAGGUCAAUGAACAGCUUCAAAAGAUGAAAAAUGAAAUCAGCGAAGCUUCCAACAAUCCACCUGGCCUGCUUUUGGAGGCAAUUCACUCUGCUGGGUAUUGUGGCGCAUUGGCAAAUCCUCUUUUAGCCCCAGAAUCCGCAAUAAACAGAUUGAAUAGUAAUAUUUUGGAGAAAUUUGUUGCUGAAAAUUAUACUGCUUCUCGGAUGGUUCUUGCUGCUUCGGGUGUUGAACAUGAGAAACUGUUAUCAGUUGCUGAACCGCUUUUGUCUUACCUACCAAGUAUAACUCGUCCUGAAGAGCCGAAGUCUGUGUAUGUUGGAGGCGAUUAUCGUUGUCAAGCUGACGCAGGGGGAAAAACACAUUUCACUCUUGCAUUUGAAUUGCCUGGUGGUUGGCAUGGGGAGAAGGAUGCUAUGACUCUGUCUGUGCUUCAGAUGCUAAUGGGAGGUGGUGGAUCAUUCUCCACUGGUGGCCCUGGAAAAGGGAUGUACUCAAGGCUAUAUCAAAAUGUCUUGAAUAAGUUUCCUCAGGUUGAGUCCUUUUCAGCAUUCAGUAACAUCUACAAUCAUUCGGGCAUAUUCGGUAUCCAAGCUACCACUGGUUCUGAUUUCGUAUCAAAGGCCAUUGAUUUAGCAGCUCAAGAGCUCAUAUCCAUUGCAUCACCAGGAGAAGUUAGCCAUCAAGAGCUGGAUCGUGCCAAACAGUCAACAAAGUCUACCAUUUUAAUGAAUUUGGAGUCCAGAAUGGUUGCUUCAGAAGAUAUAGGUAGGCUGGUUUUGACGUAUGGCAUGAGGAAACCGAUUGAACAUUUUCUCAAGGCCGUGGACACAGUUUCACUGAAGGAUAUCGCUUCAAUAACCCAAAAGCUACUCUCCUCCCCUCUCACUAUGGCAUCUUAUGGAGAUGUUAUUAACAUUCCAACCUAUGAUUCAGUAAGCAGCAAGUUCAAGUCAAAAUGAAAUCUAUUUUUUCGAUUCUAAUUGGCCAUGCGCAUGACAAGUUACUGAAAUUGUUGUGCAUCUGCAAACCUUCAAGCUCUUGUAUUCCAAUUUCAGUUGAAAAUAAGAAGAGACUUGGAUGUUCCAUUAUUAUCAAUAAAUUGAUGGUCCCUUAGGAGCAUCUUUUUGAAUUGCCUCAUAAUUGCUUGCGGCUGUUCUGGUUGAUUUUGAUUUCCCUUGUUUCAUGGUGUAUCUGAUGAUUUGACUAUGAAAAAUAGAUGAGCCUCUGUGGUAGAUUAGUUCACUGAAUACCGAGCAUUGAACAGCUUACUUUGGUA